CGACGCUUCUGACGUCACAGUUGCUACAACACAUAUUCAAGCUGGUGCUGAAGAAUAUAUGAAAGUUCGGACACUGAUGGGUUAAAUUUGAAGCAUAUUUAGACUAUUUUAACUCAACCGAUGAACACAGAAUGGACCAGCACGGUAGCUCAGAUCCGAUAGAUUUCGACUUUUUCGACGAAGGUCCAUCAACGAAGCGUAGUUCGAGGUCCAACGCUGCGGAUCCAAAACCUAACCGACCUCAGAGCGGUAAGCGGAGCGGCAGUGCACGGGGAUACGACGGGGACAAUGAUAGAGAGUCGGUGCGUAGUGCAGCUAGCAGCCGUAGCAGUGUAAGCGUCCGAAUUCCAACAGCAACUCCAACUCACGAUGAUGGUAAUGAAGCGGAUUACUACUCUGAUGAUUUUGAUGAUAGUGAUAAAGAACGACAGAAGGCAAAAAAUGGUAGUGACACGUUUCGUUUUAACGAUGAAAUUGAUGCCCUCAAAGAAAAACGACAUGAGAGAGGAGGAGAUGGUCGUAAUGGGAAGGCCACAUCUAAAACUGGUCCGAAAUCUCGUCCAAAAACCUCUGUCAGUAGAAGAAGAUCACAUAGUUCAAGUUCCAAUUCAUCCACUGAAAGCUCAAGAUCAAGCUCUAGUUUUACUUCAGAGUCGAGUCAAAGUCACAGAGACAAUGACAGUGUGACAGAUGUAUCGCCCUUGCAAAGUCCGCGGAGUUCACCUAUUCCCAAGCUAGAAUAUGAUGAACAAGCAAUGGAUCGGGAAACAGAGCGAAUGCGAAGUGUACACUUUGAAGAAGACGACAUAGACAGUUACAGAGAUUCCAAUGAAAGACGUGCCAAAGGCAGACCCAAAUCAUCAAAGACCAGAGAGAGUCGAAAGGUGACAAAAACUCCUGGCUACUCUCAAUAUAAUGAGGAUCCUCGUCUACGAGAAACAGAAGCAAAAGAACUGAGCAUGCUGCUACGAGCAGUGCUAGAAUUGGAUGAAACGCCGAAGGAGUCCGACUUGUCUGCACUUCACAAGAAUUUAAAGAGACCAAUCUCUGGGAAGAGGAAAAGUCGACCACAGUCUGCCCCAAUGCCUCACCAGAGAAUGAACAUGUCAUUUAGUAAUGAUGAAGUGAAACGUAUUGAUAAAGAUAAUAGUAGACUCCUGGAGAAGAUCAUUGGGAGGUCUUCUGAGCCUUCUAGAUCAGGCCGAGGCACUAGACCAAGCAGUGCAAAGCAUACCACCAAUGCCCCAGAGAAACCAGUCAGUCAUUCAGCAGUGAAAAGACAGAGAGAACAACGCAGAAUUGAGAUUGAAAACAUGCAAAUCUUGAAGCGUAUCGAGGCAGCGCGGGCCAACCCAGAGGUGGAGAAAAAUGCCCUGAUGAAGGAUUAUCAUCAGCAGAUGCAGUAUGCUACACAGGUCUCCAAGACCCCUGGAGGACCUAGAUCAAGACCAACCAGUGCUAAACGAUCAGGUAAAGCCUACAGCACCGGUGGAAUGAACAGGGCAUCCAGCAUGUCCAGUCUGGGUACAGACUUCAGUGGUGAUACCUUCACUUCGUCUAGUACCGGCCGGUCUCGACCCAGGAGUGCAAAGUGGUCUGGUUAUAAAGCUGGUAAACCUGCAUGGGAUGAUCGUUUCUACCUUGAUGGCUAGACAAAACAUCUACAUCUAAACAUUCAGUGAUGACCAGUGUGUUCUUUUUGUGGGAAUUGGGCCUCGUGUUUUAACCAACAUUAGUUUUUAUUACAG